AUUAACACUAUAAAUAGCAAACCAAUCCUAUUAUUCUCUCAUCCCACAAACAACAACAAAUUUCAAAAGAUGAAAAUGAUUCACAUUAUUCUUCACCUUUUUGUUCUUCUCUUAUCAUAUACUAUUACCUCCCAAUCACAUACUACUUCUUCUGUCAAUGAUUUCUGUGUAGCAAACUUGUCAUUUCCAAACACUCCUUUAGGCUAUCCAUGCAAAUCACCAUUACAUGUAACAGUGAAUGAUUUUGUAUUCUCCGAAUUUGUAGCUGGAAACACAAAAAACCCUUUUAAUGUUGGAUUAACCACUGCAUCAGUGAAUAAUUUACCAGGUCUCAAUGGACUUGGUAUAUCUGCAUCAAGAAUAGAUAUUGGUAUAAAUGGAUCAGUACCAAUGCACUUUCAUCCUGAUGCAACUGAAUUAUUCAUUAUCGUUCAAGGUCGAAUUACUGCUGGAUUUAUCACACCAAAAAAAGUUUAUGUUAAAACUCUUAUUCCUGGUGAUGUUAUUGUUUUUCCAAAAGGACUUGUGCAUUUUCAGGUGAAUUCUGGUACUGGAAAAGCUAUUGCUUUUGCUGCUUUAACUAGCUCAAAUCCUAGCAUGGAUGUAAUUGAUGAGGUGCUAUUUGGUAAUAACUUAUCAACUUUCAUGAUUGAAAAAACUACUCUUCUUGAUCCUUCUCAAAUUGAGGAACUUAAGGCUCAGUUUGGUCUUUGAUUCUUCUCAAAUUGUGAAACUUAAGGCUCAGUUUGGUGGCAGUGGCUUAUGAAUCAUCCACUUCUAUGUUUGUUGUAAAUUAAAUAAGUUGUGUCAACAAUAAAACCUAUGUGUGUGUGUGUGCUUUGUUUUUAUGUCAAAAUUUUUAUUUUCAGUAAUGUAAGUGGAUGAUAUAUCAUACAUAUAGUUAUUAAUUUAUUAUCUAAUCUCAAUGGUUUUUACCAAUUAUUUAAAUUUUAGAUUUUUUAUAUUAUGCCUAACUCAUUUUA